UAUCUUACCAGAGUGUAGAGUUUCUCAGUCCUGUUUGUAUUUCCUGUUUUGUGGGGAUGCUUUUAUUGUGAAAGAGAUCAGUCGGAAGCGGAGUAUCUGUGCUGUUAAGAAGUAAAAGUAGAAAGAGGACGACGCUUUUGUUUUUGUACACGGUCCAAAGACAAAGAUGGCAUCAAGCGGUACGAGCGGCGCGGAAGAGCGGAGCCUCCUAGAGUGUGAGCAGUAUGUUCAGAAGCACAACAUCCAGCAGCUGCUCAAGGACUGCAUCAUCCAGCUGUGCACGUCCCGCCCUGAGCGGCCCAUGGCUUUCCUCAGAGAACACUUUGAAAGGCUGGAGAAGGAGGAGGCUAAGAAGAUGGCUUCACAGCAGAAGUCCAGCUCAUGGUCAGACUCCCGCGAGGAUGAAGUUUCUCCCCCGAUGAACCCUGUGGUGAGGGGUCGGAACCGCAGAGGAGCCAUCAGUGCUGAGGUGUACACUGAGGAAGAUGCCGCCUCCUACGUCAGAAAGGUUGUUCCUAAAGACUACAAGAGCAUGGCGGCUCUGGCCAAAGCCAUGGAGAAGAACGUGCUGUUUGCCCAUUUGGAUGACAACGAGAGAAGUGACAUUUUUGACGCAAUGUUUUCUGUCAACUACAUUGCUGGAGAAACAGUCAUUCAACAAGGUGAUGAGGGUGACAACUUCUACGUCAUCGACCAGGGAGAGAUGGAUGUGUAUGUAAACAGUGAGUUGGUGACCAGUAUUGGUGAGGGAGGCAGUUUUGGAGAGCUGGCUCUCAUCUAUGGGACUCCCCGUGCAGCCUCAGUCCAGGCCAAGUCCGAUGUCAAGCUGUGGGGCAUCGACAGAGACAGCUACAGGAGGAUACUGAUGGGCAGCACUUUGAGGAAGCGCAAGAUGUAUGAGGAGUUCCUCAGCAAGGUGUCCAUUUUAGAGUCUCUGGAUAAGUGGGAGCGUCUGACCGUGGCCGACGCCUUGGAGACGGUGCAAUUUCAAGAUGGUCAGAAGAUUGUGGUGCAGGGAGAGCCUGGGGACGAGUUCUUCAUCAUCCUGGAGGGGACAGCUGCCGUGCUUCAGAGGCGGUCGGAGGAUGAAGAGUUUGUGGAGGUUGGAAGACUCGGACCAUCAGACUACUUUGGUGAGAUCGCCUUGCUCAUGAACCGGCCCCGCGCUGCUACCGUCGCAGCCUGUGGACCCUUGAAGUGUGUGAAACUGGACCGGCCCAGGUUCGAGCGAGUCCUGGGCCCCUGCUCUGACAUCCUGAAGAGAAACAUCGAGCAGUACAACAGCUUCGUGUCCCUCUCCGUCUGAGCUCCGAUCCGUCUCCUGCAGAGUCUGCUUCACAUGUAAACCACACCCACACCAUCACUUCUUCUGCUGUUUAUGUCCUAUUUUAUGUUGGGGCUUUUUUUUUUAAUGUGUGUUCUCGGAGGACAGAGGACUGAGAGAGGACACAGGUGAGUGUUACUGAUUGACCUGAAGCUAAAAUCCCAACACAAUAAAAUACAAUAACAGGUGUUUGCAUACAGGUGGAAACAGAACAAUGGAAUAAAGGUGUUUGCCUGAUUCAUUUGAAUAAGAGUGUGAACACAGCCAAAGCAAUGAGAGAGAACUCUUGUGUUUGUGUCAGAUAAACUGCAAAGAUGCCGCGCUUUAGACUGUGAUGGUGUUAACGAUGAUAACAUGUAACCUAAUUGGUUUUAUAGCAUCAAGUUAAAACACUUUAGUGGGAAUGAGACACUCAGAUUAGGGCUGCAACACUUCAUCAAUUAUUAAUCGAUGACUAAAUUCAUUGUCAACUCAUUUUAUAACGGAUGAAUUAGUGAGUGUUUCGCGCCUUUGCAGCUUCCAUCCCCGGCUGGAACACGGGUCUUUCUGCAUGGAGUUAGCAUGUUCUCCCCGUGUGUGUGUGUGGGUUUUCUCCGGGUCCUCCCACAGUCCAAAAACAUGCAAUAUGCAAAAGUUGUUUGUUUAAUUUGAUCAUUGAAAAAAACAAAAAUGUUCAUGUAUGCAAACAUAAACGCUGUGUCCUCCUUCAGUCUCUCACUGGAAAUAUUUAAGAUUUUCCACAGUCCCUUUUCCCUCAGUGGUUUUUAACUCGCGUGCCUCAUAAAAUCAUGUGUCAUCCCCACCCAUACAAGCUGUAAUUUAGCUCUGAUGAUCACCAGGGAACCUUUGUUUUUAAGCUUUAUUUGGGCUGCUGCUCUUUCCCGUUUAUCCACACCAGCAGAUGGCAGUGUUGGUCAGUUGGAGGCCACAGUGACUCAGAAGCAUCAGCUGUAACAUUUUCCAUCAUUCUGUCAGAACUGUGGUGAUCCUCUUGACGUCAGGUCAAAAAUAUUAGUUUAUUUAUGACCAAACACCAGCAGAUCUGAUGUCAUUCCAGACAGACGGACGACUCGUGAUAACAUGCUCAGCCCACAUUCAGGGUAUGUUAGCAUGCUGUCAUUAGCGAUUAGCUCAAAGUAUUGCUGUGCCUACGUCUACAGCCUCCGUGGCUGUUUACACUUCACAGUCCUGGUUUGUUUGUUUAUUGCUUUUUAUGUAUUUAUAAAAAUCCGUUGUGCUGUUGUACUUUUUGAACACUGUGAUUCUCAUUCCUGUUUGUUAUCACACACACACACACACAUUUAUCUGCGGAGGUCUUAAGCUUACUCGAGCUUUUAUUUCAGUUUGAUGCAUCAUGGUCUGACAUGUCUGUACUUCUUGUUUUGUCUCAGCCGGGUUUUCUAGAAGAAUGUUGAAUAUAAAUGUUUGAAUUUGGCAAAUUGUUUCAUAUCGACAUAACAAUUAGAAUCUCAACAAAUUGAAAUCAUUUUCAAGUAUUUGAAGAAAUAGGUUGGUUCAAAUAGAGGUCGAGGUGCAACAGAUCACAGUUCAUUUUUACCCCAGUAUUAUGAGGAGCAUACAGCCUGUGCACUGUAUGGUUUGUAUGGAGAGGAUUUCUUGAUGCUAGGAGUACGGCCAUGAUCCUUUCUUAGCCCGAACCUGGUGCUUUUUCUACCUAAAACAUCAUCAUGUUGAUAACAAACAUGUAAAUAACAUCAUUUUGCUUCAGAAUGGUACAAUGGCAACAUCAUGUAUUCUUGUGGUGUCUUUUAUCUUAGUUUUCUUUCUGCUCCGUGUAAAACCUCAUAUGAACUGUUCUGUCUGCAUAUGUAAAUCUCUUCAACACAACCAUAUAUAUGACAAAUGACUAUAUUUUUUGCACAUUUUGUGACAAUAUUAUAGAAUCAGAGAUUAAAAAAAAGUUUUUAUGCUGUUAAAUAUGAUAUUGAGUGUAGUUUUGAUGGUCAGUACGUCUGUAUAUUCUGAGGUCUUAAGUGAGGUCUUAAGUCUUAAGUGUGUUCCAGUUUCCACACAACUUUUCAAAUCCCACAUUUGAUCGUUAUUUUUUUACGAGCAUGUCUAUCAGGUCCAUUUGAUAAAUAUGUGGUGUUUCAUAAGUAAACACCACAGCAACAUGUGUAAUUAAAUUUAACACAAAGUUAAAGAUCAAAGGUCAGGGGGCGUUCCGACUACAAAAGAAAAGCAGCGCUAAUACCGUUGAUGUUCCGAGCAGCCGUUUUGAUUUGAAAACUCUGGGCAUGAGCAUUUCAUCAGUUGACAACGUUGAUUCUUGAAAAUUCCAUCUUGUAACUGAGAAAUGAACGACCUCGUAAUACAACUGGAACACACCGUUAGUCCCUGGUUUGGUUUGUCUUGUUAGACUUGAGAACCACAGAGGACGAAGAGCGAGUACGAGUGAAACCUUAGAUUGACUGACACUGAUGUUUGUCUCCGUUCUCUUCCAUCAUGGUCGUCCCUGUUUUACUGCGAUCAACCAAUGUAAGUGUUAAAUAUGGAAUAUAAAUAAGCUUGUGCUUCCCAAACAUACUUUGCAAAAUCCUCCACCCUUUUGCGCUCAGAUGUAUGUGUAUGCAGUAUGUUUGAAGUAAUAUGCAUAAAAUGAAGCUUUAAUGAUUUAUUUAGCGUCAGCCGUACGUUAGCUCGUCAUGUUUUAUAUCACGUUAGUUUGCCGUCUUUUAAAGGUUUGGGAAACUCAGAGUACAGUAGCUAAUAUUUUGAUGCUGUUGAAAUGUAUGAAUAUUGCAAAUCAAAGUUGGAUUCUAAGUACCUGAACUGAAGGGGGCACAUGAUGACGUGGACACUCUGAAUUUUGUGAUGUUUUUGUGUGUGUUACAAAUAACAGAUACUAAAUUUCAAAAACUUAAAGGUAGACUGACUUCCUGCUGACUUUAUUUCAAGUUUUUUCUUUUCUGUGGAGAAAAACUCUUUCCAUUUUACAGUUUUCUUCCUGUUAGUAAGUUAGGUUUUCCAUUUCUUCAUAGCACCUGGUCAACAUCGGCGGGUUGUCAUAGCACGGCUGCGUCAAACUGCCGUGACUCCUCCGUUACAUAUUGAGAUUUUAGACAUUUCCUUUAAAUGUUGGAGGUUAACACGUGCUUUCAGGAUUUUAAGUCUUUUUCACUGAUCUACAGUUCAGCAUAAUUCACUUUGAUUCACGCUCAUGACUCUUCCAGUGACGACGCUCUCUGACCCAUCAGUGGCGGGCAGUCUGUUGACGUCAUGUUUUAGUAUCGGCUCAGCUCGCCAGCGUCGGAGUCGUUUCAACUGAAUUAUGGGAAAGUGCUGUUUGUGUCGUCGAGGUCUGGGUGCAGACAGACAGACAGACAGACAGACAGACUGUCUGACAGAUGCAGAUGCAACGUCAGAGAAUCUCAUGCUGAUUCAUUUUCGAGGCAAAGUUUUAACCAAAGUUUUUGAGCGACUCAUUUAAAAACGAUACAUUUGCAUGUGUGCAUUGACUCAGCAGAUGUUCACCUGUCUGUCCUGUUGAAACUCCCCUGUCGAAACACAUUCUCCACAGAUUAGACUUUGAAUCCCACUGUACAUACACAAUGCUGUUGUUUUUGAGUGUGCUGUAUUUGACGUGUGCACAUACACACAGUGUUCGUGUGUUGAUCUGUGCUCUGCUCAGUCACACCUGCUGUGGGUUGUCUUUUCUACACUUUUUAUGCUUUUUUCCACAGGUUGUGCUUUAAAUUUUAAUGUUGUGUCGGAUUCUCUCCUUCCAGAACAUUCAAGCAAUAAACAGAUCAGUGUUUUCA